CUUAGAUUAUCUUAAUACACGGUAGUUUUAUGUAAUAAGUUAAAAGACAUUCUACAGAAAGAUUCAAGAAUCUUGGAAUAUACUCGAUUGUAAAUUUUCGAAGCAUAUUCGAUUAUUAUUCGACGACCCGAUUUCUGUGGUAAAUUCCGCGUGGAAUUUUGAUUAAGACUUGCCAACCGAAUUCACCAUCAUGAUUUAUUUAUACGCAUAUUCUCAAAUGAAAUAAUAUUGGAUUCGAAGAAAGUCGCCUUUGCCGAAGAUUCUCUAUCAAUUUUCAACGCUGUUCAAAGCAUAAAAUAUUAUACGUGAUGUAUUUUGUAAUAAAUGUAUACGUGAUUUAAUAAUCCAGCCAAUCUUCUACUAGAAUACUUCCUUAAGGUAAAGAUAAAGAUAGUGUUAAUUGAAAAAACUCGAAAUAUACCAUUCGAAGAAACAAUAGAGAAAAGAAAGAAUGAUGAUUUAUUAUGAUUCUCUGAUUCUUAUUUCAAGUGAGAAAUCUUUUGAUUAAAAAUAUUUUAAAUUAUAUUAGAAACUAUAUUAAAAUCGAGGUCAAUUGUGAUUAAAUUUAAUAUAAUACGGAUUGUUAUUUUUUUUUCCUUUAUCAACGAAACGAAAAUAUAUCUUACGGAAAUGUCAAGUUCACCAGAUGGGCGGAAGGCCCCUCCUCCGAGGCUGAAGAUUCAACUUCCUUUACCAGGCCAGUAUUAUCCGCAGACUGGUAUGGGAUACGUUUCAACCCCAUAUGGUCAAACUCCUAUGCCGAUGACACCGGUUUCCGGUCAACCGCAGAUGCUUUACGCGAACAAAGCCAGCGAAUUUGUAUUUAGCCAGUUUAAAGGUAUCAAGGAUCUGACCAAAUCUGGAUUGAGCGUCGGCGAGAAGAGCGCAUUUUGGCUUUACGAGAAGGUCUGCGUAAUUUCUAUUGGAGGCGCGAUGAUAUUUGUCACGAUCGAGGGAACCAACGAAGAAGUGGCGCAUGGUAACAUUCGAAAAGAAAGGGACAAAACAUUGAUCACAAUUAGGGAGCUGUGCAACGAUCAGGUAUUGGCUACGAAUUCGGAUCUUUGGAAUGGACGAGCGAGGAAUGAAUUGAUGAAAUAUGAGGAACAUUUGUACGAUUAUUUCAAGCGUGGGUUGUCGGAUCAUGAGCAGAAAGUGUGGACCUUUUGGAACGCUGUGUUUUACUGUGGUACCAUUUACACCACCAUAGAAUCUUAG